GUCCCGAGGGCUCGGGCGAUAGAGAUGGAGGAGAGCGAGUACGAGUCUGUUCUGUGUGUCAAGCCGGAGGUCCACGUCUACCGCAUCCCGCCGCGGGCCACCAACCGUGGUUACAGGGCCUCAGAAUGGCAAUUGGACCAGCCAUCGUGGAGUGGCCGGCUGCGGAUCACUGCAAAAGGGAAGGUGGCCUACAUCAAGCUGGAGGACAGGACCUCUGGGGAGCUCUUCGCGCAGGCCCCCGUGGACCAGUUUCCCGGCACCGCAGUGGAGAGUGUGACAGACUCCAGCAGGUACUUCGUCAUCCGAAUUGAAGAUGGAAACGGGCGGCGUGCUUUUAUUGGGCUUGGCUUUGGGGACCGAGGAGACGCCUUUGACUUCAACGUGGCAUUACAGGACCAUUUCAAGUGGGUGAAGCAGCAGUGUGAGUUUGCAAAACAAGCGCAGAACCCAGAUGAAGGCCCCAAGUUGGACCUGGGCUUCAAGGACGGCCAGACCAUCAAGAUCAACAUCGCAAACAUGAGGAAGAAGGAAGGAGCAGCUGGUACCCCAAGAGCCAGGCCCACCAGCGCAGGAGGGCUGAGUCUGCUGCCCCCUCCUCCGGGGGGCAAGAGUUCCACCGUCAUCCCUCCCUCUGGAGAGCAGCUGUCUGUGGGGGGCUCUCUGGUUCAGCCAGCAGUUGUUUCUGGUUCAGGAGGUGCCACAGAACUCUGGCCACAAUCUAAGCCUGCUGCCGCUGCCACUGCUGAUAUCUGGGGAGACUUCACCAAAUCCACAGGGUCCCCCUCCAGCCAGUCUCAGCCAGGCACCGGCUGGGUCCAGUUCUGACCUGCACAACCUUUUCCUCAUCCUGACCCACGGAAGGUGGCAGAGUGCUCCCUGCCUGGCCCCUGGCCCCUGGCCCCUGGCCCCUUGCCUGUCUGGCUUGACAGCCUGAGCACAAGAAGCAGUAAGUUGGCACCUUGCCACACUGUUGGUUGGGCCCAGGUGCUGCUCAGCCAGGAAACAAGAGCAAACACUCCAGGGCCUACAAGCCCAUCGCCCUCCUCACUGGAGACACCCAGACCUGCCUUCCUCCACCAAGAGAUCCUUAUUAAACACAGCCCCCAAAGCACAGAAUGGAUUCAAUUUGUGGCCUGGGUUCAGCUCUGGCUCUCCAGUUGGCAGGUGUCCCAGAUUUGUUGUUGGACAGAGACCUUCUGCACUCUGUCAAUAGUAGCCUUUGUCUGGUAUCUUCCAGAGGAGUCCUUCCCGAGGGCUGGCAAGUCUUUGAGCUGUAGCUUGAAUGGGCUGUCGGGGGACACUGGAAGGGAUUGAGCAGCUUUUUGAAAAUGUUAAUACAUUACUCUGCUAAUAUGCUGACCUGCACUAAUGCACUCCUGUGAGGGACCCCCCCCCCCCCCAUGGCGAGGGCCUCUGCCUCUGACACACCCUUCUCGCUGCCCUGAGCCCCGGAGGUAGCCGUGGGAGGCAGCCUGCAUACCUGGAAGCCAGCUGCACAGUGCUGUGGGGGAAACGGAAGCGUUACAGACCGGGCCAGGCUGCCUGGCUGCUGCUCCCUCUGGGCUCAUAGCUGGCCCACUUGACGGUCCCUGGUGGCUUCUGGAGGGAAGCUGUACCUCUGGAUACAUUUUUCUUUUCCUUCAGAGACUGUGACAGAGGGAGCUCUGUCUGCUGGAAGUUCAGGCCACCAGGAGUAGUGAUUUGUAAGAAAUUACUGUCUCCUCAGUGAACCUCCUAGUUUCUUUAUAGACUUAACCUUCCCUUCAGUUAAAAGGUUUCUUUUUCGGAGGGCCUAGACUGUGCUGACCUUGUGUGACCAGAGUUUUACAGAUGGAAAAAACAAUAAAUGUGUUUACUUCUGCACCACA